AGUCCCAAUAAACUUCCUCUCCUCCACUUUUAAUUUGGUGAUUGCCAACAUCAUAUUGCAUUAUACCAUCUUUAAAGUUUCUUCCAUAACUCUUCUUCUUCUUCUUCUUCUUCAUUACAAACCUCCAAAUCUCCAUCCAUGGCUGUCAUUCAAUCCUUUGAGGAUCAGAGUAAGUUGAAAGAAGAGAUUGCGGCAGCAGAAGGGUUCACUCUAGAUGGAACAGUCGAUUGGCAUGGUCGUCCUGCAAUUCGAUCAAAAUCUGGAACUUGGGUUGCAGGAAUUAUAAUUCUCUUGAACCAAGGAUUGGCAACUUUGGCAUUCUUUGGAGUUGGAGUGAACUUGGUGCUAUUUCUUACAAGAGUUUUGCAACAAAACAAUGCUGAUGCUGCUAACAAUGUCAGCAAAUGGACUGGGACUGUUUACAUCUUCUCUCUUGUUGGAGCUUUCCUUAGUGAUUCCUACUGGGGCAGAUACAAAACUUGUGCUAUCUUUCAGAUCAUUUUUGUCAUUGGCUUAGUAUCAUUAUCACUCUCCUCCUACCUCUUCUUGAUCAGACCCAAAGGUUGCGGCGAUGAACAAACACCCUGUGGAAGCCAUUCCAAGACUGAAAUUUCCCUUUUCUACCUUUCAAUUUACCUCACAGCUCUCGGCAAUGGCGGCUAUCAACCCAACAUCGCCACCUUCGGCGCGGAUCAAUUUGACGAAGAGUAUCAGAAAGAGGGCCAUUCCAAGGUCGCCUUCUUCAGCUACUUCUACCUUGCCCUAAACCUCGGAUCCCUCUUCUCCAACACCAUUUUAGGGUUUUUUGAAGAUGAAGGCAUGUGGGCUCUCGGCUUCUGGGUCUCCACUGGGUCUGCCGUUGCCGCUCUGCUUUUGUUCCUAAUCGGAACUCCGCGGUAUAGGCAUUUCAAACCCACUGGAAACCCCCUUACUAGGGUUUCUCAAGUCGUUAUCUCUGCGGCAAAGAAAUGGAGGGUUAUGGUUCCGUCUGAUGGAGAGGGUUUGUUUGAUGAUGAUGGGAAGCAGAGCCCUAACAAUGGCUGUCGGAAGAUUUUGCACACUCAUGGAUUCAAGUUCUUGGAUAAAGCAGCCUACAUUUCCUCAAGGGAUUUAAGUGAUAAAGAGCAAGGAGUGAACAACCCAUGGCGCCUUUGCCCAAUCACCCAAGUAGAAGAAGUAAAAUGCAUUCUAAGGCUGCUCCCAAUCUGGCUUUGUACCAUUAUCUACUCAGUUGUCUUCACCCAAAUGGCCUCUCUCUUUGUCGAGCAAGGUGCAGCCAUGAAAACCACCAUCUCGAACUUCCACAUCCCACCUGCAAGCAUGUCAAGCUUUGACAUUCUCAGUGUCGCCCUCUUCAUCUUCCUCUACCGUCGCGUCCUCGACCCAUUUGUUGGAAAAUUGAAAAAAUCUAGCUCCAAGGGCUUGACCGAGCUGCAGCGGAUGGGGGUCGGGUUGAUCAUAGCCGUGAUGGCAAUGGUCUCGGCCGGCAUCGUGGAGUGCUAUAGGCUCAAAUAUGCCCAAGCUGACUGCACACACUGUGAAGGAUCAAGCUCCUUGAGCAUCUUCUGGCAAGUUCCACAAUAUGCAUUGAUAGGAGCCUCUGAAGUUUUCAUGUAUGUAGGUCAACUUGAGUUCUUCAAUGCACAAGCUCCUGAUGGUCUCAAGAGCUUUGGAAGUGCUUUAUGUAUGACCUCAAUCUCUUUAGGCAACUAUGUGAGUAGCUUGUUGGUGACAAUGGUGAUGAAGAUUUCAACUGUCGAUCGUAUGCCGGGUUGGAUCCCGGGCAAUCUCAACAAAGGUCAUUUGGACAGGUUCUACUUUCUUCUUGCUGCAUUGACUGUGAUUGAUUUUGUGAUUUACAUUGCUUGUGCUAAGUGGUACAAAUCCAUCAAAUUGGAAGAGAAGUACGAACAAACUGAAGAACAAGAAAGCUUCAAAGUCUGAAAAUGAAAAAUCUGAGUUACCCCUUUGAAAUAAGAGGAAGAGAAAGUGGAAAGAAAGGGAGGGAGUUCUUCCAUUUUGGUCUGUUCUUCUACUUUACAUCUAUUGAAAUGCCUUGAUGGAGAUUUGAUUGAAAAAUGAUGGCAAUGUGAUAUUACUCAAUGGUAAUUGACUAAUUCUUGUAUAGGAAUUAUCAUCAUUUGCUAGCUCCAGUCUUGGGUUUACUAUAUCAUGUUUAUCACUUUUAAACAUAGGGGAUCAUGUAAUUACAUGAUAAUCGAAGGUUAUUUCUUUAUGGUAAUCUCAUAUGUUGUGGGAUAAAAAAUGUGUGGAUCUCUUGCUAGGGAAAUGUAAGAUCAAUUUGGUAUUUAUUUUUAUGAGAUUAGUGAUAUUGGAGGUUUGAA